AUGAUUGAGUUGCCAGUGAGCAAAUGGCCGAUUCCAAAGCACACUACAAUUGAGAUUUCGCAGAUCGUUAAAGAUCCUAAUCUGAAUGGAGGUGAUGGACAAAUCCUAAAGAAAAAAAGAAUUCCAGUGGAUGUGAUAUUACAAGGUGAUGAGAGAAAUAUUCCCAAAUGGAUAACGAUAACAACUCCAAGUUCAUCAAAAAGUCAUCGUUCAACAUUGCCGGGGCAAGAACUGCUUGGCAAUCAAGCUGCUGUUUGCAGAAAGAAGCUAGAAUUUUCAAAUGAAUGUUCUUCAUCCAGAUAUCCACAGUUACAACAUUCUGCUUUUCCCAUUUCAUCAAAUACCAUAGCCUCACCCAGGCAUCAAGCUUGUCCAGAACUGAGCACGACUUCAUGUGGUAGUAUUUUUGGAGAUGAGGAAUGGUCCUUGAGCAGUCCAACUCUUUCAAGCUUGUAUCCAGCAAUGGUAGAGAUAUUUACAAAGCUCAUGGCACAGCAUUCUCUGAGAAAAGUGUUGAAGUACAUGUUUGGAGACUUAUGGUCCAAGAGACGGCAUUCUAGAAGACCAAAGCUCAAUGUCACUGUAGACAAAAUGAGAGGGUUCAGACCCUGUAAAUAUAAACUAAAGAAAAGAUUUCACAGCAUGUGUAGCUCUAGAAGUAAAGACAACCAAAUUCCAACUUAUGGGAAUGAGAGCAGAGAAUUCUGUUGUGACAGUUGCCCCGUUAGUAAUUCAUCUGGUCUGGUGCCUUAUGCAUGUGCUGAUACAAAUGAAAUCAAAAUAGUGCACUACUCUGGCUCAAGUUCAGAACAACAUUUGGCAUCUGGAAAAAGCCAAGAAAUCUGCAAACAUACUGCUUUUCCUGAUGUUAUGGAUAGAAUAGGAGAGACAUUUCUAGUUGAAAAUAAAUUACAGGCUACUGCCUCACCAAAGAAUUCAGAAUACACAGAAGGUGAAACAUUUACUUACAAACAUUUCUCAGAACCCAGUUUUAGAACAUCUGCUGCUAGUUCAGAUGCGUUUCAUCUUGUAAAAGAGAGUAAGACUCAGAAAACUGACUUCUUUUUUGGUACCUCAGAGUUGUGUUCAUCUGCUUGCAGUUCCCAUGGUAAUAGAAACAAUUCCAUACCUACCACAAAUUGUUCUCCUGCAAGAUCAUCAAAGGUGUUCGUAUAUCCUCAAAAAAUAACUUCUUUCCAGCCCAAAGAGUCAUUUUCCUCAUGGAAGCAGAGUUCUUCAAAGACGGACAAAGAAAUAGAUGCUGCAUUUGACGAACUCUACUACAGAGUGAUUUCUGGAGAAUACCUAAAGCCUUUGUCAUUGACAAGCCCUCUGUUAAAGUCACAGAACCUUGAAGAGAAAGGAGUAUUAGUGAAGAGUAAUCUAAGUGUUUCUGAGAGGUUCCCUAAACGGUGUGAUGUAGAAUUUGAGAAACUGUGUGGGAAGCCUGUUCCAAAAUCUCCUGGGCUUCAGACAACUUCAAAUUUCAGGAAAUACGAAGAAAUAAAGAUGCCUCAAACUGUAAAUGCCCUUGUUAACUCUCCUGUCCAAAGAUAUUCUUCAAUUUCCAGUGUUAAAAGAGUGGGAAAUUUUCAAUACCAUCUUCCUUGUUCACCAGUAAAGCGACUGAAAUUUAUACCAGAACAUUGUUUUUCCUCAAGCAAAUAUCAGGAGAUUUCCCACAGUAAAGAGGGUAAUCUUCAGACAGGUGGCCUGGGUUUUUUGAGCACGUUCAACUGUAGCAACCCCAGCUUUUUUGCUGAUCACAACCGUCAUUGUCAGGGUUCUGCAUGUCAUGAUUCCUCAGAUCAACGUUUUCUUGGUAUUCCUGGCACUUCCCUGCAAGAAUCUGGGACUGCAGGUGCACACUCUGGAUGGCCUGGGGCAAUAGAGAAUUGCAGCUCUCUGAGAAAUGUGAGCAAGUGUCACCAAAGGGUAUACAGAAAACUAAGCUACACUGAUAGGAAAGACAAUUGUAGGAAUCCUUUGGAUGACUCCCUGGUUAAAGCUCACCAAGAAGCAUUAAUGCACUGUUACAGUUAAAAAGUUUUAUAUAGGUUGGGUUUUAUUCAAUGUUGUUGCUUCCAAAAAUCAAGGAUGUAAGCAAUACACAACUACUUCUGGUUUAUACUUCCUUAUAGUUCAAAUCUUCAGGGAGGGGUUCUUCCCUUUUAACAGGGCACUUCUUACUCAAUUUAUGGCUAAGUUGGAUUUUUUUAUUUGACAAUAUUUGUAAUAACAGAAUGUAAUCUGUAUUGUUUUUAUUUGCUGAUAAGCUUUGGUUCUUAUUGUAUUAAUAAUAAGGAACAAGCUCAUUUACCUAAACUGCUGCCUAUUCCUGCUUUUUGGAUGCAUCAGUACAGACCCAAAAAUCACUGCUAUAUGCUAUGACUUAAGUUUUCUAUGCAAUGUUAAUGUUAAAAUUUUCCAGAGUUGAUCGUUCAAUAAAAGUUUAUACUGUUUAGUAGGUUUGAUAAUUGCAUUCUCUGU